AAGCCGCGGAGUCCGAGCUCCGAGCGCGCAGAUGAAUCUCACUGUGGAAUUUUGGAAUUUGCCUUCAGAGCCGCGCAGAUGAAUCUCGCUGAGGAAUUUUGGAAUUUGCUUUCAGAGCCGCGCAGAUGAAGCUCGCUGAGGAAUUUUGGAAUUUGCUUUCAGAGCCGCGCAGAUGAAUCUCGCUGAGGAAUUUUGGAAUUUGCUUUCGCGCCAGCCGAGGGCUGGGAGCGGGGCUGGCGUGCGGGAAUGAGGAACGGAGGGAUCAUCCCCGCAGCCAGCAGCCCAAAUCCAAAUAAACUCUGUCCACCAAGCUGCCCCAAAACUGCCCGAACACAUCGGCCCUGCAAAUACCGACCCCCAGUUCUGCCUCUGCAAAUAUUUUUCUUUUCAUGAAAAGCGUCGGCCGAGUCGGAUCCUGCCCUCUCUCCCUCCCCGCUAUCCGAGCCCGGCCUCCGGCUCGGCGCUCCCGGGAAGAUGUGGGUGAAGCUGUGCUGUUUGCUGCUCUACUUCCUGGCGCUCUUCGUGCUGGCCCGGGUGUUCGAGGCCGUGGCGUGGUACGAGAGCGGCUUCCUCGCCACGCAGCUGGUGGACCCGGUGGCGCUGAGCUUCAGGAAGCUGCGGACCAUCCUGGAGUGCCGCGGGCUGGGGCACUCGGGGCUGCCCGAGAAGAAGGAUGUGCGGGAGCUGGUGGAGAAGUCAGGAGACCUCAUGGAAGGAGAGCUUUAUUCAGCUCUCAAGGAGGAAGAGGCCUCUGAAUCGGUUUCCAGUACAAACUUCAGUGGUGAAAUGCAUUUCUAUGAGCUUGUAGAAGACACAAAAGAUGGGAUCUGGCUGGUACAGGUCAUAGCAAACGACAGAAGCCCACUGGUGGGUAAAGUCCACUGGGAGAAAAUGGUGAAGAAAGUCUCGAGAUUCGGCAUCCGUACUGGCACUUUUAACUGCUCCAGUGACCCCAGAUACUGCAAGAGGAGGGGUUGGCUGAAAUCCACCCUCAUUAUGUCGGUUCCACAAACCAGCACCUCCAAGGGCAAAGUGAUGCUGAAGGAAUACAACGGGCGCAGGAUUGAAGUGGAGCACAUCUUCAAAUGGAUCACAGCCCACGCUGCCUCUCGCAUCAAAACCAUCUACAACUCUGAGCAUUUGAAAGAAGAGUGGAACAAAAGUGACCAGUACAGGGUGAAAAUUUAUCUGUUUGCCAACCUCGACCAGCCUCCGGCCUUCUUCUCUGCACUGAGUGUAAAGUUUACUGGAAGAGUAGAGUUUAUUUUUGUCAACGUGGAAAACUGGGACAAUAAAAGUUACAUGGCAGAAAUUGGUAUCUACAAGACACCAUCAUACAUACUGAGGACUCCUGAGGGGAUUUACAGGUAUGGAAAUAACACUGGUGAAUUUAUAUCACUGCGUGCCAUGGAUUCCUUUUUGCGCUCGUUGCAGCCAGAAGUUAACGAUUUAUUUGUUUUAAGUUUAGUUUUGGUUAAUCUGAUGGCUUGGAUGGACCUGUUCAUUACACAAGGCGCCACUAUAAAGCGUUUUGUGGUUCUUAUAAGCACUUUAGGGACGUAUAAUUCACUAUUAAUUAUUUCCUGGCUACCAGUGUUAGGUUUUUUGCAACUACCCUACUUAGACAGCUUUUAUGAGUACAGUUUAAAACUCUUCAGGUACUCGAACACAACUACUUUGGCUUCUUGGGUGAGGGCAGAUUGGAUGUUCUACUCCUCUCAUCCAGCCCUCUUCCUCAGCACAUACCUUGGCCAUGGUUUACUAAUUGAUUACUUUGAGAAGAAGCGAAGGCGCAAUAACAACACGGAUGAAGUGAAUGCCAACAAUCUGGAGUGGCUGUCGAGCCUGUGGGACUGGUACACCAGCUACCUGUUUCAUCCCAUUGCUUCUUUUCAACACUUCCCUUUUGACUCAGACUGGGAUGAAGACCCGGAUUUGUUCUUGGAGCGGUUGGCCUUCCCUGAUCUCUGGCUUCACCCUCUGAUACCAACUGAUUAUAUAAAACACUUGCCCAUGUGGAGGUUUCAAUGCCUCAGCGCCCAUUCUGACGAGGAAACGCUGGAAACCUUUCCAGACAGCGAAAGUGACUCUGACAGUGAGAACAAAGAGGUCUUCAGCAGCGACAGAGAGCUCUCGGAGGACGAUGAGCUGAGCACGUGUCACGGGUGCAGUGAAGGAGGUGUGGAUGCCUGUUCCUGUGCCAGCCGCUCUUGUCACCACGAGCCAUGGGAGCGCAGAGCCAGGUCCUACAGCUCGUACGGCUCCGCGGGCGACCUGGAGCCAGACUGGUCGGCCUGGCCCUCCGACAUGUUGCACUGUACGGAAUGUGUGGUGUGUCUAGAAAAUUUUGCAAAGGGCUGCCUGCUGAUGGGCCUGCCCUGCGGCCACGUGUUCCACCAGAAUUGCAUCAUGAAGUGGCUGGCGGGUGGGCGGCACUGCUGCCCCGUCUGCAGGUGGGCGUCCUACAAGAAAAAGCAGCCAUACACACACCCGCAGCCUUUGUCGAGCGAGCCCCCGUCUUAGCUGUGUGCCCCUGUCUUUUGUAAGCUUCAGGAUAUUACUGCUUGCCUUUUCAAUGUUAGUCACUUAAAAGAUUACGUGGUUUGAAGUUUUAGUUUAAAUGUUAGUGCAGUGAACUAAAAUAUACAUGAUGCUAACGUUAAUGACAGAAUCAUUUGGUUGCCUUGUAUGUUGAACUGAAUGCAAACUUACCUUACAAAUAAUUUGUUCUCUUCAACAUCUGAAAACUUGAUGCUGUUUUUGUAAGCACAAAAAUCAAGCCUACAAGAGAAGCGUAUUCCAGCAAACAUUUACGAGUUGGGAUGUGGGUGAAAUUGAAAUUCUAAUCGGAGACAAUUGCUUAAUUUAAGUGUUUCUUAUUUUAGAGUCUGUUCUGCACAUCUUUGUUGAAUAAUGUAUGUUGUAAGACAGUACCAUUUAAAAAGAAAUCGGUGAAAUAAAUUAUUUUAAAAGGA